AUGGGUCAUCAUCCUCCAAGAAGUCAGGCUCUUGCCCAACAAAACACUUGGUCGUUGGUUCCUCUCCUAUCUGGCAAAUGUGCGAUUGGUAGUCGAUGGGUGUAUCCAAUCAAGUACAAUUCUGAUGGUUCUAUUGAAUGUUACAAAGCUCGUCUUAUUGCCAAAAGUUUUACUCAAUGA